AUGACUGUGAGGCUGUUGCUUUGCCCUUGCUCCGUUCAGAACUCUGGCUGUGCCUGUCUCCUGUCCAGGAUGGUCCGGCUGGUGCUGGUGCUCAGGGACUGGGCCAACAAGAGCCUGCACGAGGAGCAGCAGAGGCCAGACCCCUUCCUGGAGCGUUUUCAAGGCCCCGAGCUCCUGACAGUGGCUGCAGGCGCUGGCGACGAGCUUGAGGAUGAGGAGACUGAGAAGUUAAACAAAAAGAGGAAAUGGCUCUUCUUUGUGCUGGACCCUGCAGGGGACUGGUAUUACCACUGGCUGGCUGUGAUUGCAGUUCCUGUCCUCUAUAACUGGUGCCUGCUCGUAGCCAGGGCUUGCUUCACUGACCUGCAAAAGACCUAUUUUGUGCUGUGGCUGGUGUUAGAUUACAUCUCAGAUGCCCUCUACCUCGGGGACACAGUGAUCCGCCUGCACACAGGAUUCUUGGAACAGGGCCUCCUGGUUAAGGACCUGAAGAAGUUACGGCGUAACUACAUCCACACGCUCCAGUUCAAGCUGGAUGUUCUCUCCACCCUGCCCACAGACCUGGCCUAUUUUUGGGUGGGACUGCACUGCCCUGAGCUGCGUUUCAACAGGCUGCUGCGCUUCUCCCGCAUGUUUGAGUUCUUUGACAGGACUGAGACCAGAACCAGCCACCCCAACAUCUUCCGCAUCAGCAACUUGGUUCUUUACAUCCUGGUCAUCAUCCACUGGAACGCCUGCAUUUAUUAUGCCAUCUCCAAGGCCAUAGGCUUCGGGGAGGACAGCUGGGUCUAUCCCAAUGUCACAGACCCUGAGUACGGGUAUCUGACCCGGGAGUACGUCUACUGUCUUUACUGGUCUACGCUGACUCUGACCACCAUUGGGGAGACCCCUCCGCCCGUGCGGGAUGAAGAGUACCUCUUCGUGAUCUUUGACUUCCUCAUCGGCGUCCUCAUCUUCGCCACCAUCGUGGGGAACGUGGGGUCCAUGAUAUCCAACAUGAACGCCACCAGGGCGGAGUUCCAGGCCAAAAUCGACGCCGUCAAACACUACAUGCAGUUCCGCAAGGUGAGCAAAGACUUGGAAACCAAAGUCAUCAAGUGGUUCGACUACCUGUGGACCAACAAGAAGGCAGUAGACGAACGGGAGGUCCUCAAGAACCUCCCUGAUAAGUUAAGGGCAGAGAUUGCCAUCAACGUGCACCUGGAGACACUGAAGAAGGUGAGGAUUUUCCAGAAUUGCGAGGCAGGGCUGCUGGUGGAGCUGGUGCUGAAGCUUCGCCCUCAGGUGUUCAGCCCGGGGGAUUACGUGUGCCGCAAAGGGGACAUCGGGAAGGAGAUGUACAUCAUCAAGGAGGGCAAGCUGGCCGUGGUGGCGGAUGACGGGAUGACACAGUAUGCUUUGCUCACUGCAGGGGGCUGCUUUGGUGAGAUCAGCAUCCUCAACAUCAAAGGGAGCAAAAUGGGCAACAGGCGCACAGCCAACAUCCGCAGCCUGGGCUACUCUGAUCUCUUCUGCCUGUCUAAGGAAGAUCUCAUGGAGGCAGUCACAGAGUAUCCCGAUGCCAAAAGGAUCUUGGAGGAGCGCGGCCGGGAGAUCCUAAUCAAGGAAGGGCUGCUGGAUGAGUCAGCUGCAGAGGAAAGCACAGAAGGGAAGAGCAUGGAGGAGAGGCUGGACAGGGUGGCCUCGAACCUGGACGUGCUGCACACCCGCUUUGGCCAGCUCCUGACUGAGUACAGUGAUGCCCAGAUGAAGCUCAAGCGGCGCAUCACUGCUCUGGAGUCCAAGAUGAGGCAGGAGGAACUGGAGGAUUUCUUCUCUGAUAGCUCAGACAGUCUGUUUGAGGAUGAGGAGAAAGCUUCACCUGGUGGGAUGCAGUGA